AUAUGCUGCUGGAAGAUCCGUUGCUCCCCCCCCACACCCCUAUAACAAGGAGGGCGCAGGAAGACAGACGGAGAAGUUUGGAGGAGGAGGAAAUAUGAGCGAGGGAUUGCGGAGAGAUUACCAGCUUCUGGAGGAGAUCGGCCGGGGAAGGUUCGGUAAGGUAUUCCGCUGCUUCCGGCCGGAAACCGGCGAGUUUUUCGCUUGCAAGUCCAUCGACAAGAGGGCCAUAACGGAUCCCGUUGAUCGGGAGUGCCUAGAGAAGGAGGUCAAGUUCCAUCGCCUCGCCGGCGGACACCCCAACGUCGUCCAGGUCCACGCCGUCUACGAGGAUGAGGAGUCGCUCCACCUGGUGAUGGAGCUCUGUCAGUCGCCGGAUCUCUUUGAUCGCGUCUCCAAACGGGUUUUCACCGAGCCGGAGGCCGCCGCUCUCAUGGCGCAGCUCAUGGAGGCCAUCGCGCAUUGCCACCGCCUGGGCGUCGCACACCGCGACAUCAAGCCGGAUAACGUCCUGUUCGACGACCGCGACCGGCUCAAGCUUGCCGAUUUCGGGUCGGCGGACUGCUUCCGCGAGGGCGAGGGACUCCGAGAGAUCGUCGGAACGCCGUACUACGUGGCACCUGAGGUGCUACGGUCGAAGGAGUACAACGAGAAGGUGGACGUCUGGAGCGCGGGGGUUAUCCUCUACGUUCUCCUCAGCGGGAUUCCCCCCUUUUACGGCGAGUCUCCGGCCGAGAUCUUCGAGUCCGUCCUCCGGGCCAACCUCCGCUUUCCAUCCAGGUCCUUUCACUCAGUCUCCCCUGCAGCCAAGGACCUGAUGCGCAAGAUGCUCUGCAAGGAAGUUUCUCGACGAUUCUCUGCUGAGCAAGUCUUAAGGCACCCGUGGAUCAGAAGCGGAGGGGAGCAGAGCUCUGCUUCCUACCUCACUUGACUCGAUCGGUGAAGGAGGCAAUAGGCAUCGAUGGUCCCGUCUCCGUCUCCUCCAGUUCGUGUAAAUAAGUUUUCCCUGUAAAUGAGUAGCCUCGGAUACUAUAGGCACGCUAGUCGAUGCAGUGGAUGGCGAUUGGGGACGAUCGCUUCCCCCGUCUGGUCUGUACAUUCUGCUCACUGGUCAGGAGCUUCUCGUGUGUGCAGAAUAACCUUUUUUGCCGGAGCCGGAGAUGUCUUUUUUUACCUUGCGUUUUUUGCUUGAGGACUUGGUUUCUGUAAAAAAGAAAAAGUAGUGUGGCGGAAACUUUGUGGAUAAUGUAUAUGAAUCCGUUCCCUGAUGA